AUGGGACUUGAACACAAUGCCUCGUAACCUAGGUGCCUCAGCUUAGACAAUUAACAUCAGCCAGCUCUAAAUACUUUAUCCGGAUAAAACUGGAAAAUGUUGAAGGCCUGCUUAUUAGUGUGUUGUAUAAAUAACAUUCUUAGAUUCUCAUAUCCCAUUUCCUGUACAAAUGAUUUUAAGCUCUCUCUUCCUUGGCCAUGCUUGCUAAAUGUGUCUCACGAACCUUCUUUUCCAUGAUGAAGGUGAUUUUGCAAUUAGCAGAAUCGGGAUCAUUUUUCGUCCAGGUUGAUCUGUUUAAAGUACGUGGAAAGUUUGCCUUAACAGAUGCCUAUGAGGACCAUUUUGCACUUCCCAAGGGCAGAAUCAUUCUGGUUACUCAUCGAAGAGUUAUGUUGUUGCAACAACCAUCCAACCUCAUUGCACAGAAAAAAUUCAACCCUGCAAGAGAUCCAUGUUCAGUGCUCUGGGAUGUGGUGUGGGAUGACUUAGUCACAAUGGAACUGGUUCACGGAAAGAAAGAUCAUCCGAGUGCUCCAACUUCACGCGUUCUUCUAUAUUUACACAAUAAAAAUGGAGAUGCAAAGGACCAAUAUCGCAUUAUAAAGUGUAGCCGUGAUUCUAAUCAAGCAUUUGAGGUUUAUUCGUCAAUCGAACAAGCAAGGUCUACUUACGGUCCAACACAUACAAUGGGGUUGCUUAAGAGGAAAGUGAGGAAGCCAUAUUCUCCUACGGUAGAUGCUGUAAUUCCUAAAGGAGCAUACAUAUUGUCACCCCAACAAAUGCCUUCAUCGGUAUCCCUAAAUUCAACUCUUGGAGCAGUGAACAAUGAUUGAUAUGGAAAAUGUAGCUUUUGCUAGUAACAGCAAAAGGCAUAAACGAUGAUCGUUUUAUCUUUUUACCGUCUAAAGUGUGAAGAAAGAUU